AUGGCAUCAACCAACACCGAGACUACGACGGCGACCACGCGGCUGACGGCUGGCUCAGGUCGUCUGUUUUCAGAGGGCCCAAAUGUCACUUAUGGCGAUUUCCGUGACGAGUUGCUUCAGAAUGGUUAUGCGGUGGUGAAGGGUGCUGUUCCUCGAGAACGCGCCUUGGGUUAUGCCGAUGGUAUCUAUGAGUGGUUGGAAGGAUUCGGUCUGGGCUUCAAAAGAGAUGACCCAUCCACCAUUCACAAGGAUCAUCUCCCCGACAUCAACGAAAAGGGCAUGUGUCUGGGCUACGCCGUCUCCCACGAAUCCUUCACCUGGGGUGUGCGUCAAGAGCCCAAGGUCAUCGAGGCAUUUGAAAAGGUCUACGGUACCCAGGACUUGAUCGUCUCCUUUGACUCUAUCGGCGUCGGUUUCCCCAACCGCAAAGACAUCCAGCCCAACAAGCCCUGGCCUCACCAGGACCAGGACCCGGAGAAGGCUGGAUUCCGGUGCUUGCAGGGUCUGGUGAACUUGCUUCCGAAUGGUCCCAAGGAUGGAGGCUUGAUUGUUUGCAAGGGGGCGCAUCUGUUGAGUGAACAAUUCCAUGAGGAGUUUAAGAAUGAAGAGGAUAGAAUUUGGUCUUGGACCAAGGAAUGGUAUGGCUUCACGGAAAAGGGUAUGCAAUGGUUGAAGGACCAUGGAUGUGAGUGGGUGAAGAUUGAGGCCGAGCCAGGUGACUUGCUCCUCUGGGACUCGCGAACUCCUCACUACAACGUCACAUCCGAGACGUCCCAGCCACGCUUCUGCGUGUACACCUGCUUCAUGCCCGUCGCCGACGCCACCAAGGAACAGUUGCAAAUCAAGAAGCAGGCCUUUGAGCAGACCAAGAUGACCACUCACUGGCCCAAUGCCGCCAUGAUUGUGGACUUGCCCGUGCUUCGCAAUGGGGAGCCAGAUCCCUACCAGCGCACUUCACCGCGGGAACCUGUCAAGCUUACUGAGAGGGGAUACAAGUUGACCGGUAUUCCUUAUCUGGAGCAGAUGGCUUAA